GCUCCCUCUGCUGCCAUGGAGCCCGGGGAGCUGGACCGGAUCCUGCGGGAAUUGCUGCUGCCGGACACGGAGCGAAUCCGCCUGGCCACCGAACAGCUCCGGGCCGCUCUCCGAGACCCCAGCUCGGUGCCCGUAUUGUGCGAGCUGCUGGCCCACGCUCCCGAGCCGCAGAUCCGGCAGUUUUCUGCACUGUUGAUCAGGAGGAGGCUUAACACUCGUUGGAGGCGGUUGCCACAGGACAAUCGGGAAAGUCUGAAAUCCCUGGUGUUGACAUCCCUGAAGAAUGAGAGAGUACACAACGUGAGCCUCAGCCUGGCUCAGUUGUCAGCAACCAUCCUGAGGAAUGAAGGCCUGGAUGCCUGGCCUCAGUUGAUGCAACUGCUUCAGCACAGCACUCGGAGCUCCAAUAUCUCUGAAAAGGAGAUGGGACUACUUCUCCUGAGUGUGGUGGUGACCUCACGCCCUGAGGCAUUCAGACCACACCAUCGUGAGCUGCUUCGACUAUUGAAUGAGACUAUGGUGGAGUCAGCCUCCCCUGGGCUGCUCUACUACUCCCUUCGGACUCUAACCACCAUGACACCCUACCUGUGCCCCAGUGACUUGCCUCAUGCCAGGACUCUGGUGCCCAAGGUCAUUUUGGCAAUCCAAACAUUAAUCCGAGUGGAUGAGGCAAAGGCCUGUGAAGUACUGGAAGCCCUAGAUGAGUUGCUAGAAUCUGAUUUACCAAUCAUCACCCCUUACCUCUCUGAAGUUCUCAACUUCUGCCUGGAGGUGGCUAGGACCUGCACACUGGGAGAUGCAGUACGAGUACGGAUUCUCUGCUGUGUCUCUUUCCUGGUCAAACUUAAGAGCAAGGCUCUGUUGAAACACCGACUCCUGAACACAUUAUUGUGCACCCUCUUCCCCAUCAUCACUUCUGAGCCCCCUCCAGGGCAGCUGGACCCUGAAGACCAAGAUACUGAAGAGGAGGAGCCAGAAGGAGGCCUGGAGGUGGAGACACCCAAGCAAUUUGCUGUGCAGGUGAUAGAUGUGCUGGCCCUGCAUCUAGCUCCAGAGAAACUGUUUCCACAGUUGAUGCCAUUGCUGGAAGAAGCCCUUCAUGGACAAAGCCCGUAUCAACGAAAAGCAGGACUUUUAUUGCUGGCUGUGUUGUCUGAUGGUGCUGGGGACUAUAUCAGACAGAGACUGAUGACCCCACUGCUGGAGACUGUGUGCAAGGGUUUGGCUGAUCCUUCCCAGGUGGUGCGCAAUGCUGCACUGUUUGCCAUGGGCCAAUUCUCUGAGAACCUGCAGCCUAAUAUCAGCAGCUUCUCUGGUGAAGUGAUGCCCCUCCUCCUGUCAUACCUCCAGUCUGUGCCACCUGGAAACACACGGCACCUUGCCAAGGCCUGUUAUGCCCUGGAGAAUUUUGUGGAGAGCAUGGGACAAGAGGUGGAGCCAUACCUCCAAGAGUUGAUGGAGCGGAUGCUACAGCCCCUUCGAGAACCUACCAGCCCCAGAGCCAAGGAGUUGGCUGUGAGCGCGAUGGGGGCCAUCGCCAGUGCGGCCCAAAGUUCCCUGAUACCUUACUUUCCCACCAUCAUGGAGCAUCUCCGGGAAUACCUGGUGACUGGGCGUGAGGACCUUCGAGCUGUGCAGAUACAGAGUCUUGAAACACUGGGAGUUUUGGCUCGAGCGUUGGGAGAGCCAAUGAAGCCCUUGGCUGAGGAGUGUUGCCUCCUGGGACUGCGCCUCUGUGACCAGGUGGAUGACCCUGAUCUUCGUCGAUGCACGUAUAGUUUGUUCGCAGCACUGUCAGGGCUGAUGGGUAUGGGCUUGGUCCCCCACCUACCAAAAAUCACCGCACUUAUGAUGUCCUCACUGCGCUCAACUGAGGGCAUUGUGCCCGUCUAUGACACAAGCACUACCUUCCUGCUUUUCGAUGAUAGUGAUGGAGAAGAGGAAGAGGAGGAGCUGAUGGAUGAAGAUACUGAGGAAGAAGAAGAGGACUCUGAUAUCUCAGGGUAUAAUGUAGAGAAUGCCUUCUUUGAUGAGAAGGAAGACACCUGUACUGCCCUGGGAGAAAUCUCUGUAAAUGCCAGUGUGGCCUUCUUUCCCUACAUGAAUUCUGCCUUUGAGGAAGUGUUUAAACUGCUGGAGUGUCCCCACAUAAAUGUCCGAAAGUCAGCCUAUGAAACCCUGGGCCAGUUUUGCUGUUCUCUUCACAAGGUUUACCAGUCCUGCCCCCAUGAGCCGAAUAGCUGUGCACUGAUGGUGGCCCUGAACCGAACGAUCCCAUCCUUCCUGAAGGCAGUGAAUACGGACCGUGAGCGGCUGGUGGUCAUGUCUGUGCUGGAGGCCCUGAAUAGCGUGCUCCGGAGCUGUGGGCUCUUUGUGCUCCAUCCUCCUUGCCGCUUGCCUGAGCUCUGCAAAGUCAUCAAGGCUGUGCUGCAGAAGAAGAUAGCGUGUCAGGACCCAGAAGAGGAAGAGGAAGAUGAGAUGGAACAGGCGGAGUAUGAUGCCAUGCUGUUGGAGCAUGCAGGAGAAGUCAUUCCAGCUUUGGCGAGCGCCUCUGGAGGAGACACCUUCGCCCCCUUCUUUGCUGGUUUCUUACCUCUGCUGCUACGCAAGGCAAAGCCAAAUUGCUCGGUGGCAGAGAAGUCUUUUGCAGUGGGGACCCUGGCGGAGACAAUGCAAGGCAUGGGGCCUGCCUCAUCCCAGUUUGUGUCUCGGCUGCUGCCGGUGCUGCUGUGCGCCGGCCAAGAUGCGGACCCCGAGGUGCGGAGCAAUGCCGUCUUUGGGCUGGGCGUGCUGAUGGAGCACGGGGGCUGCCCUGCCCAAGAGCACAUGACGAAGGUCCUGGGGUUCCUGUCCUCCCUCAUUACGCGCGAGCGCCACAACCGUGUCCGGGACAACAUCUGCGGGGCCCUCGCACGCCUGCUCAUGUCCAACCCCUCAGAAAACCCCCUGCCACAGGUGCUGACCACGCUGUUCCGCGCGCUACCACUGAAGGAGGAUCUGGAAGAAUGGGUCACUCUGGGGAAGUUUUUCAAGUUCCUACUUCAGCGUUACCCUGAUCAGGUGGCCGAUGUGGCUUUCGAGCUCGUUGAGGUAUGCAGCUUGACCCUAAAUGCCAAAAAGGUCCCACAAGACACCAAGACGGCGCUGCUGCAGCUCCUGACUCAUUUGGCCCACCAGUACGUAAGCAGGUUCCAGGGAGCAAUGAGAGCUCUGCCCCCUGACCAAGCCCAGGAACUCGAGGCUAUGCUCAGACCCCCCUAGGGCCUGGAACAUGGCCUCCUGGGGCUGGGAUAACCGGGGAAUCCUGCCCCUCCUGGGGGAACUGCUUUCCGCCUUGGUUCCAGCUGAGUGCCUGCCAAAGACCUCCAUCCCCAGGACAGCUUGGUUGUUGCCUUUUGGGAACCACCUCUAGGGCUGGUUCUGUUACUGUGUUGGACUUUAUGGACAAAGGCUUGACUUUUGAUUUGAAUAAAGUCCAUUUAUUUUGA